ACUGCAAAUAUUAUCUUUGACUUUGAAACAAUCUUUAUUUGACAUCACCUAUUUAAGUAACAUUUCCUUGUGUUAAAAUGUCACACGUGACUCUAUCUGGUGUCGACCAUUAAGUUUUGGUUUCCAUAUUGCUAGAGCUACUGUGACCAAAGUUGGCUCUGAGAAAUAAACAUGAAAUGUCAGAUUUUAGUCUUGGCCCUGAUUUUGGGUCUUACCGUAGAAGCAAGGCCAAAACACUGGGAUAAACUCUUUAAGAAGUCUGAAAAUGAUCGUGUACCGGGCCAGUACAUCGUUUCUCUUAAGCCUGGGUUUGAUGCUGAUGCGUUUGUUUCUGGAGUCGAAACUGCAAAAUCGCCAUCAUUUGUGAAUUGUUCCUUCUCUCACGUCUACAACAUCAUCAACGGAUUCGCCGCCAAACUUACCUCUGAAGGUCUAGAAGAACUUCUCAGUUCGCAUGAGGUUUCUUUGAUAGAGGAAAAUGGAAUCGUUCGAGCUCAUGAAGUUGGAUCAUGGGGGAUCGACCGUGUGGAUCAGAGAUAUCUUCCGCUAGACGGAGAAGCCAAAUUCACAGGUGAUGGAGAUGGCGUGACGGUCUACAUCUUAGAUACGGGGAUAUACCCAGGUAAUGAAUACUUUGAUGGCAGAGCUACGGUGGGAUACGACGCUGUAGGCGGAGGACAGGAAGGGGUGGAUUGUAAUGGACAUGGAACUCACUGCGCAGGAACCAUCGGGUCUAAUGUCUAUGGGAUUGCUAGAAAAGCCGAAUUGGUUGGGGUUCGAGUUCUCAACUGUCUGGGUAGCGGACUGACCACACAGAUCAUGAAUGGUCUUGAUUGGGUACAAAAGAACGCAAAGAAACCAGCAGUAGCAUCCAUGUCGCUUGGAGGUGGUGUAUCUCCGUUGCUGGAUGGGGCGGUGUCUUCGCUCAUUAAAAGUGGAGUAUUAGUGACCGUUUCGGCGGGAAACGAUGACCACGAUGCUUGCAAUAAUUCGCCAGCCCGAGUCCAAGAAGCUGUCACUGUUGGUGCUACAGAUAGAUCAGAUAUACGGGCUUACUUCUCCAACUACGGCACUUGUCUUGAUAUCUUUGCCCCCGGUGUUGACAUUACCAGUACCUGGUACACGGAACCUACGGCUACCAACACAAUAAGCGGAACAUCCAUGUCAUGUCCACAUGUAGCUGGAGCGGCAGCCAUAGCACUUGGAAACGACGACAACCUGACUCCAAGUGCUCUUAAGAGCAAGAUCUUGGAUGAUGCAACAACUGAUGUAGUUGGUGACCCCCAAUCAGGGUCACCAAAUCUUCUGCUUUACAUACCGUGAAUGGAUCUGCGCCUGCGGUUAUCAAUUGCACACAUUUAAAUAAACUAUAUUGAGCAGCAUUUCGAAAGGAAUCACUUAUACUGACAGUCUUAUCAAGUUUAAUGCUUACUUCAACUCCCUUUCAUUGAAUAAAUCUACAUUAAAAAUAAUAUUGAUUUUACUUAGGUGACCAUAACUUCUUUUACUCUCAAUUAUCUCAUGAUUAAUAUAUUUCCAAGUAGUUCAUAUAAAUCUAUUAUGUUAUAUUUUGAAUUGAUUUCAUUUCCUAAAGGGAAACAAGAAUGCAGGAAAUCUGAUCAUUUCAGUACUCUGGUUUUUUUUUAAUCAAAAUAAGUGUUAUUCUAUAUAAUAAAGUACUCCGCACUGAAUUUUGAAUACAAAAUAAUUUUGACCGCCUUUUCUUAUAAUUUUUUAAAUCACUAACACAUGUAUUUCCAUGUGAUAAACCACGGAAAACAUCAUAAUUAUGUAAGGUAGGAGUGGCAAUCAUGAUGCAUUAUUAUUAUUUGAGCAAGCGAAUUUGAGGAAGAAUCAAAGUCAUUGUUUCCCGCCAAAACGAUCACCAGAACUCUAUGGCCCGUAUUCUGAAUUAUGGCUUAUCUUAGUCCAUUGGUCUAACUCUGUGCUAACACUAUGGUCAGCCGAAAAUGACACAAUAUUUGUUCACAUUGUUUGUUUCACAAGUUUACUUUGCUAUUUCGUCAUGCCUUAAUGAUGGAAAAUACAAUUGGAACUUCCUGACAGUUAUGAAUAAUUUGUAUAUCAAUUAAAUUAGUUUAUUAGAUUACCUGGUAAAAGGAACUUUGCACUGUUAGAGAUUUGUGUCACAUUUUGGUUAUCCAUAGUAUAACCAUAACUUAAAGUCCACCCCAACAAAAAGUGGAUUUGAAUAAAAAGAGAAAAAUCCAACAAGCACAACACAGAAAAUUUCAUCAAAAUCGGAUGUAAAAUAAGAAAGUUAUGACAUUUUUUUAUUUCGCUUAAUUUCACAAAAUAGUUAUAUUCACAUCCUGGUCAGUAUGCAAAUGAGGGAACUAAUGACAUCACUCACUCCCUAUUAUUUUGUAUUUUAUUAUAUGACAUAUUCUAAUUUUCUCCUAAUUGUCCUGUGAAACAAAGUUUUAUUUCGCCCGGAACAUGUGGAAUUACCAUUGUUUAACAUUUUAUAUUUCAGUCAAGUUGGUCUUUAUUGUCAAAUCUGUCAAAAUUGAAAUAUUGUAUAAUUCAAACAAAAAACAAAAGAAAUAAUGAGUGAGGAACAUCAUCGAUUCUCUCAUUUGCAUGUGACUAAAUUGUGCAUAUAGCUAUUUUGUGAAAAAUAAGCGAAACCUUAAAAUGUCAUAACUUUCUUAUUUUACAUCCGAUUUUGAUGAAAUUUUCAGCAUUAUGCUUGCCCGAUUUUUCUCUAUUGAUUCAAAUCAACAUUUUUCUGAGGUGGACUUGACCUUUAAAAGCAGAAUUUGUGGUAAACUCGAGUUCAGAAGAAGGGCACAUUAGUUGAUGACGUCAAGGGGGCGGAACUUGCUUUCGCAAUAUAUUUUAUUAAGAGAGUUGGUCUGAUCUCAAUAUUGAUACAUCAACACCUGUCCAUUGGUCAUAAUAAAGUCUUAAGAAAAUCGUUCUUUUUCACCAUUUUCACUCUGAUUUACAUUAUAAAUGACUUAUAUAGCUUUGGUAUAUUUCCACAAAUUUAUUAGAAUAAUUCAAAAUAAAAAGAAAAUACUACAAAUGUUUAUUGUGAAAAACUUGAAAUGCACGAUUCUUAAACCUAUGAGCCUGAACAAUUUUAAGAUGUAAGGUUAAGAAUCAAUUUUCAGACCCAGUGUAUGGUAUGGACAUAUUUUAUAUUUCAAUAUGUUAGGUACUGUAUAAUGGUUAUCCUACCGAAAAUCAUAUUGUUCAUUUUACUGAAUGAAUGAAAUGAAGAUUGAUACAAAAAUACACCUGUAGGCCUUAAGUAAUUACGAAGUAGUUUGAUAUUUAAUUGAGAACAUUGUAUCAUUAUAUCAAAUUUCAGUGCGUCUUUUAUAUAAACUCACACAAGCGGAUGCAAAAGGAAAUAACAAUAAUAUAACACAAAUUGGUUGUUUAUAGGAAUUGUUAUUGUAAUCUUAUAUCUACUUUGUAUUGGUUUUAGGUAAUAUUUUUUCAUUGGCUCAGUUUUGGGGGUAUUGCAGUUGUACAAUUCACAGAGCAAAACAAUGUCGGUGGAAUACAGGUCCUUUUUUUAUUUUACCUUCCUAAGAAUUUUCCUCCUCUGCGAUUAGGUUUUUUGACGUAAGAUAUAUCACUUAUUCAAACAAAUUAACAAAAUAAAUGGUUAUCAAUAUUUCGGAGAUUUUAUUGAAUACUUAUUGAUUACUAAAAUUAUGAUGAAUACUGUAAUAUUAUACUUUAAAAAAGUAAAACCAAGACAUUUAUUUUCCAAGGUACAUCUUUCCUGCCUAGGUAAGAGUAGUGAGUAAUGAUUCCAGUUAGCUAAAUUUAUUUAGAAUCCCCCCAACAACAACAUAACAACGUGCAUAUAUACAGUAUAUAAUUUUAUGUUUAGAUACCAUAUUAUAUUUCAAGUCAUUAUGUUUGUCGAAAUGUGAAUAUCGAAACUUAGCUAUCAUGAUUUUGGAAACAACUGAUGUGUUAAAAAUAUAUUAAACACCACAAACCCCAAAAAUCAUUCUAUGAUAGUUGAAGAAUUGAGUUUCACUGCAUCAGUUCGCCAUGAUCGGUCGAAGUCAGAUACUGAUUUCAAUAAAAUUUCGAAUCUCGAAGCACGAAUCAGAA